CCCUACAACCAAAUCUUGUUUUCCAUCUAAGGAGCAGUUAAGUUCCACAUCCAAUUCACAAAAUUGUUCUUUUCCAAAAUCUUCCACUAAACCCAUAUCCAAAUCUUUUUCCACCAUUAACUCAUUUUCAACAGUUGGUUCAAAAUUUUCUAAAAAUUUUUCUUUUAAAUUUUCCAAUUUGCUUUCGUUUUUGGCCGAAUCUUCGUCGAUUGGCUUUUCGAAAAAUUCCAAAAUUUCUUGUGAAAAUUCUUCUUUUUCAAAUUUAAUGUUGACCUUAUUUUUGAAUGAUGGAGUGGGAAUGUUUUGCUGUUUGUAACUUUUCUCAUGCUCUUUCAAAUUUUUCUUUUGCUGUGGGGAAUUGGUUCGCAAAGUACCUUCAAGAGAACUUUGGUUUUCCCCAAAAUUUUUCUUUUCCUUGGUAAUCUCUUUUAAAUUUUGCCCUUCGUUUGUAAUCCCCUUAUGUUGAUGGUUUUUCUGCGGACUGUUUUUGAACUCAUUUGGUAAAAGCUGAGAAAGAAUACUUUGACUGAUUGAAGAAUAAGUUAAGGGUUCGUUAGUAAUAGCCUUUUUCAAAGCAUGGCUUGUCUGCUGCUCAAUUUCGAUUUGAGAGCCUUAAUUCUUUUCUUGUCUGGCCAAUCCUCUGUAGAAACUUUGAAUUUCUUGAAAAAUUUCUUAAUUUCAAAAGAUCCUUCAGUUCCAUCCAAAUCUGGAAUUGUGUCUAACAGAAGAUUUUCCAUGUUUGCCAGUGACGCAUUUUCGGAGACAAGAUUAGGAUUUUGUUCGAAUGGUUGCAUUGUUGGUAUGAAAGGAUAGGGGUAUUGCAUUUGGUGAUAAAAACCAUUAUUUUGAUGACCAAAGAAGAUUGGGAAGCCAUAAGGCUGCGAAUUAUUUAUUGGCAUAUUCAUUGGAGGGUAGACUGGGUAAGGCUGGAAGAAAUAUUGAUUUUGUUGUGAUGGUUC